AUGGAACUCCCCGAGCACGCCAGAAAGGCACGUCGGUCCAGCAGACGACGCAAGAUGAGACUUCCCAGAGUUGCAGAGCUCCUCAUAGAUCUCGGACUUGCCGGUCAGAAUCCUUCCCCGGACAGGGCCCUCGUCCGGGAAUUCGACGACACUCUCAAGGCUUUCACCGACAAGUUCCUGGCCAAGAAGAACCUCCAGAGGAUCGCUCUCACUCAAUGGUCUGUCCCGUUCAACCAGGACAUCUUUCAGCACCUAGCCACUUCGUUCCUUCACGAGGGUGGACGGGGCUCCUACUUCUGGCCCGACCCGCCUUCUCCUGCGAACAAGAAGGGAUACUGUUUCUCUAAAGAUCGUAAGAAGAUCUGCGAUCUCUUGAUGCCACUGGCCUUCCGUCGUAACCAGAUUUUGAUGAACAACCAGAAGCACAGGAUCAACCCAGCGUACCCUGUCACCCUGCUUCCCACCACACCCACCACGCCCACCAAUGCCGCUCAACAACAGACUGCUCAGCAACAACCAAACAGCCCAGAGACCACAGAAUCUCAUACCUUGAGAUCAAGUCACCUUUCACGGGCCCAUGGGACAAGCUUUGAGACCCCCAUCGAUGUGGAUGGGCUGCCAGAUCUUGCCUUUGACCCCUUCGAUGACCCCUUUAGCGAUGACGAGGCCCCCAGAAACCCCAAGUACUUACGUGACCCUGGAUUCCCUUCACCAGAGUUGUCCUUGCCGCCCAUGGUACCUCAACCAGCAACAGCAGACGAUGAAAUUGACGAAUACUACCUUGACACGCCCAAACGCGUACCCAAAGAGCGGACACCGACUGUGGCUCCUGAGGAGACAGAUGAUUUGCCUGCCCAAGACCCAUACGACGUCCCCAACAGCCCAGAGACAGUUGCGCCCCUUAUCAAUCAAGGCGAAAAGAGGCCAGCAGAGACCGAGCUUGAGGACCCAGCUCGUCGGACCAAGAGCCCUCGACUAGAACAAGGCAAUGCUACCGAGCGCUCUGGCGUUGACGAUGAUGAACAUCCGCCACGCUCCCCUAUAGACCAAGUCACACACAACAACACCUCUGAUGAAGAGACGAGGCAAGCUCAACUAUAUGACUAUGUCCUCCCUGAUAGCCUGGGCCGCAUUGAUGACCUGCCUGGAUCUAUGUCUCACCAAGGGAGCCCUGAACUCGGUGAAGAUGCCCACAGGGAGGCCCUAGCUCGAAGGUCUGCAGCGAUCGACUCCCCCGCCAAAGCACCUCUUGCUCUCAUGUCAGAUGCGCCAGCUCCAGAGCCAGAGGCAGAAGCUGAGGCAUCUCGGAAGCAACCAGAGAUGGACCCAUUGGAGGAUGUUCCCCUUAACGAACCCCCCAAGGCCCAAACCCACCUCAGGGAGGGUACACCUCAAGACAAUGUGUCGCCAGCCCGGCCCGAGAGUGAUGAUGACAUUCAAGGCAAGCCUCGAAGCCAGUUUCAUUCUGAAGAGCCAGAGCAGUCCGUUCCUGUGGUCAAGGGGAAACAGCAGCCUGAGGCACCUCAAGUCGAGGACGCUUUGACGUAUGAGCCGGCCAAGAAUACCACGUCCAACCCAGACCCGACCUUUGCCUUUACCGUGUAUCAAACCGAGAUGCGGCCCGUGAUGUGGAACUACUCGGAGGAUGUCUUCUUCCAAGGCUCCAUGAGAGAGCUGGUUGACGAGCUGCCCAUGGAGAACAAGCACUCCCUCAGGGGCCUAUGCAUCACGCUCAUGGGGAAGCGGCCUGAACAGUACCAAGUCUUUCUGUACAACGAGGUCAAGUACAAGAACGUCAAGGAGAUCUAUCUCACGACUAUAAAGCAGGAGAUACAAGAGGCUAAGCUGGACGGCUCUCGCCUGGACUAUGAGCUUAUAAUCAGGCCGAUAAGGCGAUUGGAGAACAAGGAUGCUUGA